GUUUAGUUUUAGACUCAGCCUCACUUUGUGUGUGUGUGCUGCUUACAGAUUUUUGUUCUAACAAGAAAACAGUUAACUAAAGAAAGGGUUUUAUCUUGGAUAGAUAAAUGCAAAGAUUUUAUUUUGGGCACCUUAUGUUUCCUAAGAGCCCUUAGAAACAGUGUCAAGUUCUUUAUGUUUCGGAAGGAUAUUUCACAGGAGAAACAGAACCUGUGUGAAAUAUUUUCACAUUUUUGUGCUGGUGAAUUGCUCAGUUGAUUGAAGACAGGAUGUCGCCUGCGUGUCAGCAUUCACUGGGCUUUGUGCUGAGCUCCCUGGGCUGGAUUGCUAUUCUGAUCGCAACCGGUACCAAGGAAUGGGUUCAAAGCUGCUCAACAGGAGUGACGGACUGCCUUCUCUUUGAUGAAUUGAAACUGCAGGGGCUGUGGACCGAAUGUUACCGAUCAACUGGCGCCUAUCACUGCAAGACACUGUCUGACAUCCUGAGAUUGCCAGCCUACCUGCAGACCAGCCGAGCCUUGAUGAUCACAGCCUCCAUCCUGGGAUUGCCGGCAACUCUCCUCAUACUCACAGCAUUACCCUGCAUGCGCCUCGGAACCGAAAACCAUUCUUCCAAGCACAGGCGAUCCUUGCUGGGCGCCAUUCUCCACAUAUUGUUAGCGCUCUGUGCUGCAGUUGCCACAAUCUGGUUCCCGGUGGGAGUUCACCAGGAUGCACGCCUCUUCAAUUUUGGUUACUCGCUUUUCCUGGGUUGGAUAGGCACCAUACUGUGCCUGUUCGGGGGUGCAGUAAUCAUCUGCUGCGCUGGUCCUUCAUCGCAGCACCAGGAAAACCGGUAUUACUAUGCUUCACAAGGCUCCUCCUCCGUAACAAACCCAACACAUGCCAAGAGUGCACACGUCUAAGGAACAAGUAUGUAACCUGGAGAAGCCCCAACAGAUCUUGCAUCAAGGGGCUAGUAAGACUCAUGACAAAUGUUCACCUUAAGAUCGACUCUCUGCUGGCUUGAAGGCAAAUGAAGAUUGAAGUUGUACUUCAUGUUGGUCAGAAAAAUAAACUCUCUUUUGUGA